UUCCCAGUCGGAAUCGUAUUCGGGUUGCACACCGGUUAGCUUCCUGUACAGUAGCUGUAGGGAGCCGUGUUGUGGCGCGGACCGGCGGAGAGAAGCUCGGGGUGACGUCACCAGUCCGGGGGUUCCGCUCAGACGUGUUGCUGCCGGUUGAGGUUUGAUGGCGGGGAAUUUCUGGCAGAGCUCUCACUAUUUACAAUGGAUUUUGGAUAAACAGGAUUUAUUAAAGGAGCGCCAAAAAGACCUUAAAUUCCUAACAGAAGAAGAGUAUUGGAAGCUGCAGAUAUUUUUCACAAACGUGAUCCAAGCUUUUGGGGAACACCUUAAAUUAAGACAACAAGUUAUAGCUACUGCCACUGUUUAUUUUAAAAGAUUCUAUGCAAGGUAUUCACUGAAAAGUAUAGACCCUGUGUUAAUGGCACCAACAUGUGUGUUUUUGGCAUCCAAAGUAGAGGAGUUUGGUGUUGUAUCGAAUACAAGGUUAAUCUCUGCUGCUACUUCUGUAUUAAAAACUAGGUUUUCUUAUGCAUUCCCAAAGGAGUUUCCUUAUAGGAUGAACCAUAUACUGGAAUGUGAGUUCUAUCUGUUAGAAUUAAUGGACUGUUGUUUGAUAGUUUAUCAUCCAUAUAGACCCUUGUUACAGUAUGUACAAGAUAUGGGACAAGAAGACAUGCUGCUUCCUCUAGCAUGGAGGAUAGUCAACGACACAUAUCGCACAGAUCUCUGUCUGCUGUACCCUCCCUUUAUGAUUGCACUAGCUUGUUUGCACGUGGCCUGUGUUGUUCAGCAGAAGGAUGCUCGACAGUGGUUUGCAGAACUUUCUGUGGACAUGGAAAAGAUCUUAGAAAUUAUCAGAGUUAUAUUGAAGCUGUAUGAGCAGUGGAAGAAUUUUGAUGAGAGAAAGGAAAUGGCUGCCAUACUUGGUAAAAUGCCCAAACCAAAGCCUCCACCUAACAGUGAAGGGGACCAGGGACCAAAUGGAAGCCAAAGCUCCAGUUACAGUCAAUCCUGAAACUCUUCUGUUUAUCCAGUACUGGACCAAACUGGAUCAAGAUAUUGCCAUAGUGAUCAUCCACAAACUUUUACGUAGUAUUCUUAAUAAGUGGGCCACUUGACCUUUCUCCUCCAUCUCAGGAGAAACACGAUGGACCUUUCUUUACUGAGGGCUUAUGAAUAUGGAUACACUAUUCAUGAGCCUCAAAGACAGCUGUCAAAUGAUUGCACAUUUUUUUUCUUUUGCAGAGUAAGAUGUAAGCAGUUGUUUUCUGAUCUUGAGUAAUCUGCAUAUAAUUCUCAAAUGUAUUAAAUGAUGUUGCAUCUUC